AUGGUCAAGGGAGAGAGAUACGGAACGGGUCCGGAAUCCGGAGCAGGCCCAGGCCGAAAAUGGAAAGAGCAGGAGCCAAGCACGGACACAACCAAACUUCAGCAGUCAGAAGUUCAGAACUCGGUCGUGCCUGAGGAAAGAGCAAUGGGCAGCUUCAAUGGUGAGAUGAACUCGAAUCUCAACUUUGAAGGAAGGAGGGACGGGAACGAGAGCAAGAACCUUUCAUCAGGCAUCCAUCUAAGGUGCCUUAUUUGGUAG